GGUUGCGCCUAACAGCUGACUAGCGUGGGAUGAGGAGGGCAUUUUUAGGGGGUUGGAGGUGAUGGCAGAAGUUGUUGGGAGUCCAAACUGGGUGAGAUUUUUCCAGGAUGGGGGUUGUGGUGCACCCUAAGUUGUCCGAGACCAUGAGGGGUAGGUAAGGGGACUGGCAAGAAGAGGAUGUGUGGGAUGGUGGCAGAACUCAGAGAAGAGUGUGUGCUGAGUGGUGACAGCAACAGGAAUUUGGUUACAUAUUCCAAAUCUCCAUACAGAGAUUAACAUGAAAUAUACACACAGCCUACACUUACAGAUGUAGAUGUAUCCAUAUGGUAUAUGUAUUUGUAGCUUUGUCCACUUAGAAGACCUGGGAACAGUGACAAUCCCACAGUAAUGAGCAUUUCUAUCACCCAGAUCUUGGUUCCAGGCUGUAGUUUGUACAUACUAUUUUUCUAUUGAAAGAACUAGGUUUCUGAAGAAAUAAUUUUGCAGUGGACAAUCUUGGCAAACACCACUUUAAUCGUUUAUCAAAAUUAACAUAAUAAAACAAGCCAGAAUUAUGUCUACCUGAUAGGAUGCAGUAUUAGGUAGGAAUUUAUGAUUUUAUCCCCAUAACUAUAACAAUGAUCAUUUCCUUGGCUAGGCUGUCACGAUGUCUUUAAGGAGCCAUUUCUCCAUGGUAGCACUAGCACGAUCUAUCCCACUGGACGUCACCUGUGCCUCAUGGGCAUUCUUACAACAGGCAUGUUAUUUGUAAAAGUGGAUAAUUUCCAUGAUAAAUGAAAAUGGCCAAUUCUUUAAGAGGAGAAGUAUUGAAUCUUUAUAAAAAUCUGCUGUAUCUUGGACAAGAAUAUCCAAAAGGAGCAGACUAUUUUAAAAGGCGUUUGAGGAACGCUUUCCUUAAAAAUAAAGAUGUGAAGGACCCAGAGAAGAUCAAAGAACUUAUUCGACGUGGUGAAUUUGUAAUGAAAGAGCUAGAAGCCUUAUACUUUCUUAGGAAAUACAGAGCUAUGAAACAACGCUAUUAUUCAGAUACCAACAAAACUAACUGAUUACUACUACUAUAAAACUGAAAAUCAGUGCCACAUGUUUAUGUAUACCAAGUACUGUAAACUAAUUCUAAUUUAAAAUGGGAAAAUAUAUAUGGUAUGUAAAAUACCUGAACUGACCUAAUAACUAAAAUUAAUAGGUUUCAACUUCUAUUCAUAUGGAAAGCUUUAUCAAUGCAACUCUUUAUACUCAAUUUUUAUAUUGUAAUAGCAAUUUAGCUAUAAUGCCAAUUAUAAAUUGAGUACCCAAUUUUGAUUGCAAAUAUAAUACACUUAAGUUUUCUAACUUACAUGGAUUUAGCUAAUUACUCUUAGCCCAUUUCUCCAUUUUACUGACAAAAAAUUGUCAUUUACUACACAUUUAAUAAGUAAAACAAUUUCUUACACAUUUAUUCCUCAACUUUUGAGGGAGUUACUUUAUUUUUGACCCAGUUUGGUGCAUUAAUAGCAACAUGUUCAGAAUUCACUACAAAACAAAUAGUACCUGGUAAUGAUUUAAGUAUAGUUAGAGAAAUCAUAGUAUUUAUGGAUCAGAUUACUUUUUAACCUUGAAAUACCCUGCUGGUGACUAGCAUUAUAUACUGUUUAGUUAUUUCCAUUAUUUAUUUUGCUGCUGGCUACUUUGGGGCCUUAAAUCACCUAUUGUGCAUUAACUUCUUUGAUUAAAAAAAGUAAUAAUGUUCUAUAUUCUUUUGUCAUAAAGGCAGACGUUUUGCCAUCUACUAAUAAAUGAAAAUGAUGAGGCAAUGAGCCUAAACCUAAUAUGGCUUUAAGUUUAAGCAACCACUUAAGCCUUUAUAUAAUGUUCACAAUGCCUUUUAUAAAUAAAGAAUAUUUCCAAUUUACAA